AUGACGUAUCUUGACCCUCCCAAUCAAAAGUUUGUCGACUCCCUUGCUGGAGGACAACCACUCUACCAAAAAUCAUACGCGGAUGCUAGGAAGGUCCUGGAGAACAUCCAGAACUUCAAACCCUCUGCGGACGUAUCCCAGGAGCGAACCUCGAUUGACUUCAAUGGCUCGCCGGUCGAGAUGGUCAUUUUCCGCCCGGCAAAAGCCAGCGGACCUUUGAAGUUGAUCUUCUAUACCCAUGGCGGCGGGUGGAUCUUGGGAAGCCCAUCUGCUCACGGAGCUUUGAUGCAAGACUUUGUGCGCCAAACCGGUGCAGCUGUUGUUUUUCCGUACUACACCCCGGCCCCCGAAGCGCAAUACCCGACACAGUUCGAGCAGUCAUACGGAGUACUUGAGCAUGUUGUCAAGCACGGGGACAAGUACCAGCUAAAGACGGAUCGUCUUGGCCUCGCGGGUGAUAGUGUUGGAGGAAAUAUGGCUAUUGCCAUGACACAACUCGCCAUUUCUCGAGGCCUUCCCGCCAAGAUUGGCCAGCUCGUGCUUCUUUACCCAGUCACAAACACUCAAACUAAAUCUGUCACUUACAAGCAAUUCGAGGAUGGACCGUACCUUACUGAAAAGACAAUGGACUGGAUGAUUAACGCCUUCCUUCCAAAAGUCGAGGAUCGAGCAAGCCCACUUGCCUCACCCCUCGUCUUUGCCCCGGACGACAUAUUGGCCAAAUUUCCGCCAACAACUAUUUUUCUCUCGGGCGCUGAUCCAUUGAUCGCCGAAGGCGAGGCGUUUGGGCAUCGAUUGCAAAAGUUGGGUGUCGAUACAGCAAUUAUCAAGGCAGAAGGGGUCAUUCAUGACUUUGUUCUGCUGGAGCCGAUUCGACAUGCAGCAACUCCGCGAGUUAUUACGGAGCUUGCUGGAUUAAAACUUCUCCAAGCCAUUGCUGAUAAAUGA